AUGAGUGCAUCAGAAACUGGGGCGGCGAAAGAGCGACAGUUCGCCGAGGACUAUUUGGAUGAGGCUCCGAAUUCUCGUCGCGCAAUGAACUUAAGAAAGCGCAUCGUUGAAGGCUCUAGAGUUUUCCUUGAAAACACAUUUUAUACUGAGGUCGAAAAUGUGAUCUCAAAGAAUCCUCGCGAGGCACAGCUUGGAGGCAUCCCAACAGUGAUCAACAAAAUUCGCGCUUACAUCAGGCUCAGAGCAGCGAGAAAGGACCUCGCGCCUGAUGGAACUGAGAUACAAAUGGUGGGUCAAGAUUAUUGCUGGAUUCUCAUAUUCUAUCUUCUCAGAUGUGGGUUUGUCACCGAGGCUGCCGAAUAUGUUAGCCAGGACCCUGGUUUCCGAUCACUGGAUCACAAAUUCGUGACAUAUAUGACGACCUACGCACAAAAUCGGCGACUGCCUAGGGACAUGCAGCAGAAGAUAAACGGGGAAUACCAGCAGCGGUCCCGCAAUGCCCCUGACAACACAGUGGAUCCUUACCGCAUGGCCUGUUACAAAAUUAUUGGACGCUGUGAACUCAGCCGCAGGCGUCUGGAAGGCGUGAACCAAACCGUCGAAGAUUGGAUGUGGUUGCAGUUCAGUUUGGCCAGGGAAGACGAUCGUGCCGAGGAAGUAGCGGGUGAUGUUUUCGGGCUUGAAGACAUUCAAACCGAUAUAACCGAGAUUGGACAGCGGGUGUUCGGUAAGGGCCAGGAAGGACCCGGUGGCUACGGCACUUUCUUCCUUCUACAAAUACUAGGAGGGAUGUUUGAGCAAGCGGUCUCUUAUCUCGGGGUCUAUGCCCCAGUAAGUGCCGUGCACUUUGCGAUUGCCUUGGCUUACUAUGGGCUUUUACGUGUGUCUGACUUUUACACAUCAGGCGAGGAACCAUGUAAGUCCGCCUUUUCCUCUUCAGAUGGCCUCGAGAGCUAA